CUUUCCCCUUCUUUUCUCCGCCGCAUCCCAUCUCUCUGCGUCUUGCCUCCUGCAGCUGGGAAGCCAGAGCGCUCCCAGUUGGCGGCCAAGUUUGUGGAAUAGAUUUGACUGACAGCCAAGAUCCCCAGAGAUCAGUGCCCUCCGGACUCCGAGUCGGCCUCGCCCAUUUUACGAAGUUCUCAAAAUCUAGCAAGUGUCCAACCCUCGCUUGCGCGAACUGGGAGAAUUGGGUGUACCCUUAAAAAUUAGUUUAAGAUGUCAUCCUUUUAUGAUAGGAACCCUCCCCUCUGGCCAGGUAUGAGACUGGAACGUUUACCCGUUGCUCCCGCGUUUUUAACUGUCCCUUCCAGGACGCCGUCCCUUUCCCGAUACGCUAAGCGCUGGUCGAACGCACGGGACUUCCGGGAGGUCUAGGAAGUCGCUUCGCUCUCUGGCAGGAGGCGGGGUUCUUCCCGCACACGCCGCGAAAGAAACCUGCGGUGCAGGAGCGAGAGCCCCUUCGGGGGGCUCUUUCGAACGGUGCCCAAGCCCGAAGGAGCGCCGCCCUGCGCUUAGCCUGGGCUGCUGCCGACUUUCUCCGAGCGGAGGGCGUCCCCCUUGCACGCUGCGGCUCCGGUUUUCGCUGCCAUGGCUUUUCCCCAUCGGCUGGACGCCCCAGAGCUACCUGACUUCUCCAUGCUCAAGAGACUGGCCCGAGACCAGCUCAUCUAUCUGCUGGAGCAGCUCCCGGGGAAAAAAGACUUGUUCAUUGAGGCAGAUCUCAUGAGCCCUUUGGAUCGUAUCGCCAAUGUCUCCAUCUUGAAGCAACAUGAAGUAGACAAGCUGUACAAGGUGGAGAACAAGCCAGCCGUCAGCUCCAGUGAACAGUUGUGCUUCUUGGUCAGACCGCGGAUCAAGAACAUGCGAUACGUUGCCAGUCUCGUCAAUGCUGACAAGUUGGCUGGCCGAACUCGGAAAUACAAAGUGAUCUUCAGCCCUCAGAAGUUUCACGCGUGUGAGAUGGUGCUGGAGGAAGAGGGAGUCUAUGGAGAUGUGAGCUGUGACGAAUGGGCCUUUUCUUUGCUACCUCUUGAUGUGGAUCUGUUGAGCAUGGAGCUCCCAGAAUUUUUCAGGGACUACUUCCUGGAGGGAGAUCAGCGUUGGAUCAACACCGUGGCGCAGGCCUUACACCUCCUCAGCACUCUGUACGGACCCUUCCCUAACUGCUACGGAAUUGGCAGAUGUGCCAAGAUGUCGUAUGAAUUGUGGAGGACACUGGAAGAGGAGGAGGAUGGCGAAACCAAGGGCCGAAGGCCAGAAAUUGGACACAUCUUCCUACUGGACAGAGACGUGGACUUUGUGACGGCACUUUGCUCCCAGGUGGUUUACGAGGGCCUGGUGGAUGACACGUUCCGCAUCAAGUGUGGAAGUGUCGAUUUUGGCCCAGAAGUCACAUCCUCUGACAGGAGCUUAAAGGUGCUACUCAAUGCUGAGGACAAGGUGUUUAAUGAGAUUCGUAAUGAACACUUCUCCAACGUCUUUGGCUUUUUGAGCCAGAAGGCCCGGAACUUACAGGCUCAGUAUGACCGCCGGAGAGGCAUGGACAUCAAGCAGAUGAAGAACUUCGUGUCCCAGGAGCUCAAGGGACUGAAACAGGAGCACCGCCUGCUGAGCGUCCAUAUCGGGGCCUGUGAAUCCAUCAUGAAGAAGAAGACCAAACAGGACUUCCAGGAGCUCAUCAAGACUGAGCACGCGCUGCUGGAGGGCUUCAACAUCCGGGAGAGCACCAGCUACAUUGAAGAACACAUAGACCGGCAGGUGUCGCCUAUAGAGAGCCUUCGCCUCAUGUGCCUUUUGUCCAUCACUGAGAAUGGUUUGAUUCCCAAGGAUUACCGAUCUCUGAAAACACAGUAUCUGCAGAGCUAUGGCCCCGAGCACCUGCUAACCUUCUCCAAUCUGCGGCGAGCGGGGCUCCUGACGGAGCAGGCCCCUGGGGACACCCUCACGGCCGUGGAGAGUAAAGUGAGCAAGCUGGUGACGGACAAGGCUGCAGGGAAGAUUACUGAUGCCUUCAGUUCUCUGGCCAAGAGGAGCAAUUUUCGUGCCAUCAGUAAGAAGCUGAAUUUGAUCCCACGCGUGGAUGGCGAGUAUGACCUGAAAGUGCCGCGGGACAUGGCAUAUGUCUUCAGUGGCGCUUACGUGCCCCUCAGCUGCCGAGUCAUUGAGCAGGUGCUGGAGCGGCGGAGCUGGCAGGGUCUGGACGAGGUGCUGAGGCUGCUCAACUGCAGCGAGUUGGCGUUCACAGACAUGACCAAGGAAGACAAGGCUUCCAGCGAGUCCUUGCGCCUCAUCUUGGUGGUCUUCCUGGGUGGCUGCACGUUCUCUGAGAUCUCAGCUCUCCGCUUCCUGGGCAGAGAGAAAGGGUACAGGUUCAUUUUUCUGACCACGGCAGUCACAAACAGUGCUCGCCUCAUGGAAGCCAUGAGUGAGGUGAAAGCCUGACGUUCUCCCUGCUGCUGUCAACGUCUUCCCUGGACACGUUCCCGAGGGGAUGCAGGAAUUGGUCCCAGCUGCUAAUGUAGUGUCCACCAACCACCCUACUGGGAGCUGGGGAGCGCAGAACUUGUGUGGGCUUUAGCAGAAAGUUACUUGAGCAGAGCGUUCACUUCCUGCCCCCAGGAAAUUUCUUUUUUGUUGAUGAAGUGCAGCUUGUGCUGAAAAGAGGGGGAGGAAGAGGUACGUUUUGCUAAAUCCUGUUUGAGUAUCAUUGUAAAUAAAACCUCUGCUCUCAGA